AUGAGGACCACGUCGUUCUAUCUCGAGGUCCUGGCCCUACUAUUCCUGAUCCUGAUUCCAUGGCCGGGACCCUCCGUGUUCAAAAUAACUUGCUCUCGUGACAAGUCCAAAAUCGUGAGAAAAAUUAUCCAAAGCAAAUGGCUACCAGUUUUAGAGAGGUUUCAGGUGAAAUUACCACUGGAAUGCCCAUUCCAUCCGGCGCGAGAUAUCUUCGCACCACAACAUGCCGCGAAGUUACAGCACCGCUCCUCCCAGUGGACGUGUGCUUUUUGCGGGAAAUCAUUUUACGAGGAGAGACACCUUGACACUCAUUUCGACCAGCGACAUAAGAAUCAUAUUAACAAAGCUGAAGAUGCUGUUUGUCUUGAGGACUAUUGUGAUAUAAUGCGAUGUCAAGUUCUAAUCGCGCACGGCUUGUUAAGCGACGGCGCAGUGCCCACUACGGACGUAGAAGUGUGGCAGGAUCUAGAAUCAGCUCGUAAAGCUCUCGCUCCGGCUGCUACUAGAAGUAUUGCUAAAGUCCCGAUGAGGCGACGGCAAAGGGCUCGCGCGCCAAUACCUGUACCUGAUUGCCCUCGGGCAGAACCCGAUGCUGAAGAACAUGACCACAUAGAAAACGGCGAAAAGAAAAAAGAAGAGAACGAUGGCGAUACGAAUCAAACGGCAGAACUGUGCGACGCUGAUACUGUUGAGUCAUCGCUACCUCCAGACAGCCGUCAAAGGCGGCUCGCCGAUCUACAAGCAGAACGAGCAGCCUGUGACCCUGGCAAGCUUCAAGGCCUGAAGGUUCGCUGCGAGAGAAUUGUACAUUCAUGUAUUGCUACUCUUUUGCUGCACGUCACACAACCACAGUUUACAGAACUAGAAGACGAGAUGCAACGAGCUGUAUGUUGGUACUUGAGUUGUGAUCGCUAUUGGGAAGACACGACGCCGGCUGCGCGGGCGUUCCCUUGGCCUCUACUUAUUGCUCUGGCUACCGGUUUAGCACUUGCGUUAUGUAUGUGCUACUACAUAAUUUGGAUAGUUUUCGACUCUGAGGAAGGCAGCAUAGCCGGCAGUGCGUCGGUUUCCAUGACAACACACUCGUCACCAACUCGCGGUGAUCGACUCGGAGGUGAAGAUGCGAUGCUAGAUGAUGAACACGAUGAUCAUUACAUAUUCGUGAGCUACCCGCCGGAACUCAAGCGAAGGCUUCUUGAAAGCUGCUACAAUAGAACGACUCGUCUUUGA